GAUUUCACCGUCGUAAUUGAACAAAUUCUAUCCAAGUAUAGAACUCACACAACCGUCGCAUGUCCAAAUCAAGCUAUUGAUUUCCGAUCAGACUAUGUUAUCAAAUCUGAUGAUCUAAAUUUGAAUGAUAUUUUGAAAAAGGUGCUUGAACGUGGAAUCUCUCAAGCUAAGAGUCUUGAAAUCUCUCAAGCUACGGACCUAGAUUUGAAGGUGAUUUGGGAAAAGGUCUUUAAUGAGUUUGGAAUCGUUCAAAAACUACAAACAGGGGCUGAUGAAAAUCAACAACUACAAACAAAGGCUGAUGAAAGUCGUUACUCAUCAUUAAUCCGCGCCCAUAUUAACUUAGUUGAUUAUUAUAGGGAAGUUAAACCCUAUGCAAAAAUUUUGCAAGAAACACUUUAUGAAGAUUUGCUGAAUACGAUUACCAAACUUGAUAAUACAUGCACCGUAUAUGAUUACCAAACUUGA